AAUUAUUUGCGCUAUCACAUGAAUUGACGCAAGUUCGUACGUAGUUCAAAUUUCCGAGUUAUGCCAGCGAGCGGCGCGAGCUGCCAGCGAAAUGUCAGACGUGAUUAUAUGCGUUUCCUAACCUCGGUUGGUGCCGUCAGUAAGUCCUCGGUCAGUUUAGCUCAAGUAUCUUCUCCGAUUGUAAGAAUCUUAUAUGAUGAUCGAGUAGCGCGGACUGCAAUGUAAUUAUGGAACUCUGAAAAUUUUCAAGGAUAUAAAUCCUGAUCUAAUUUUUCACGUGGAUAAGAGGAAUGACGUAAGUCGAUGAGAACGGAAAAUCAUGGAAAGCACUCAGUCGUUGUACAUCAGCCUCUUCAGCGAGGAGAAGAGCGAUGUUUUAAAGGAGCUGCUGCACGCAUGCGUCGAUGAGAUUUGUGGUCACCCAGGACCGUCAUAUCGCAAGUUUGCUAAUAGCAUGGAUUGGAGCAAAGCAGAAUACAAAGGAGUUUAUAAACUCAUAUCGUCAUUACUACGAAAUCCUGUUUCACUCUACAUGGUAGAAGAAAAGAUGCCACAAGAAUAUCAUGAAUUACCGGAGCAAGUGCAACAGAAUAUUCUUACUUGCUUAAAAGUACGUAGGGAACAGCUGACAAACGCUUUAUUGAGGGAACAUUACAAAAUGAAACUACCGACCGUGAUUGAUUACGAUUGGAGAUUGAAGUUGGUAAUGGGUUCGAGCAAGAUGGCUUCAUUAAGAGAAUCUCUACUUCAAUUAGAUCUUAUAGUAGAAGAUAAGGAAUCUCGACGUAUCAUAAAUUUAGAAUUGAACAAGGACGAGUUAGAUACGAUAAUAAACAGUUUAGAGAGGCUAGUUUGAUGUAACAUUUUGAUACUCUUUUAUAAAAAAGA